UGGCCAGAGACUGGGACCUUGUCCUUUGGUCCCUUCAAUGUCACCAUCACAGGACAACAGGUACUGGCUGACUACACUACUCGCCACUUUUCUGUUCAGCUCACAGAGAGCCCUGGAGAUAUUAUAACUGUAACUCAGUUCCACUUCACAGAGUGGCCCGAGUAUAGGGUGCCUUACUCCGCCACUUCACUACUAGUGUUCCUCAAGAAAGUGAAGAAACUUCAUGAGUUAUCAAAACGACCAAUGGUUGUUCACUGCAGUUCUGGUGUGGGGAGGACAGGGACUCUGAUAACUAUUGACUGUGUCCUUGAGCAGCUGCAAGAUGAGGAGAAGGUGGUGGAUAUAGCUGGUGUCAUCAUCAACCUCCGCACACAGAGAAUGAAACUUGUUGAAAGUCUGGAGCAGUAUAUCUUUGUCCACGGUGCAAUCCUAGAAGAUUUGUUAUGUGGAGACACACAAAUUGAUGCUCGAAUUUUCCACAAAUCUAUGAGGAAAAUAAUUAACAGUCCACAAACGUAUGGACUGAAUUUGAAAAACAGUUCAAGGUUCUUGAAAAGGUAUCCCCUAAACCAGCAGAGGUUUCAAGAAUGGAAGCACUUCGAAAUAGGAAAAAAAACUGCGAUGAUCGGUACCUUCCAUCUGACAGGUGGCGUGUGGCUUUGAGGGGAGGGAGUAAUGACUACAUUCAUGCAGUUUUUGCUAGUGGUUACAAGCAAAAGAGAGCAUUCAUCAUAGCUCAGAGUCCCAUGGAGUCCACAGCCAGAGAUUUCUGGAAGAUGGUCCAUGACAGGAAGUGUGGAGUCAUUGUUAUGCUCUGUGACUUGGUGGAAGAUGGACAGGUAGCAACACGUUUCAUUGUUAUAUUAUAGCUGUGACACAAAAACCGCAGGAGAUGUGUUGUCAGUAUUGGCCUCAGCCUGGAAUGGUUAAAUUUGGAAAAGUAUACAGUCGAUUUGACAGAAGAACAGACAGUGAUUGGAUAAGCUAUUCGUAAACUGAGUCUUUCAAUUAAUACUGAGUCUGGAAGUGCUCAUCAGAUUGUACAGCUGCACAUAACUAACUGGAGUCCUGAUGGUAGAUGUCAUAACCUCAGCACUGUUACAAGUGUGAUAAGUCAGAUGACAAACAUCCAGAUCACAACUGGCAACAGUCCCACUGUAGUCCAUUGCAGCGACACAGUGGGUAGGUCUGGGAUGUUCUGUGCCACAGUCACCACCAUUGAGAGGUGUAAGAGAGAGGGAGUGGUGGAUGUGUUCCAGGUGGUCAAGGCUCUCAGGGUACAGAAACCUGGAGCUGUCCCAACUGUGGCACACUAUCAUUUGCUGUUUGAAGCAGUGUUGGUGUAUCUGGACUCUUUUGACACUUACAGCAAUUUUCUUAGUGAUAAGAACCCUUGAAUUAUAGCUAUGAGUUAGUGAUACCCACACACCUAUGUAUGAAUUUGUGUAUGGUAUAUAUAGCACGGGUCAUGUUUUAUUAAACCAGGUCAAUCUAGUUUUAA